AACAAGAACUAAAAUGCAAAGGUGAAAACGAAGGCAAACGACAUUCUCAGUUGCUGCUACCCGCAUUGACGUUUUCAUCCAUAGCUCCUUCUUCUUCUUCUUCUUCUCCCUGUUUUACUUCCUUUUGCAAUUUGCUGUGUCGCAAAACCGAACCAGACAUCAUCCUCUCUCUCACACACACAUGGAAGAGGGGAAGGUGGAAGAGAUGAUGAUGAUGAUGAUGGAAGGAGUAGCAUCAAUAGCAUUGUUGCCAUGUGGCUCUAUCUCAGGACACUUCAUCCAACUUCCACAUUCUAUUUGCUAUGGCCUUUGUGGCACUGAAUUGGCAUGUGAAAGGGAAUGCAGUAGGGGUGAGGAUUAUCGCCUCAUCAAACUCACAAUUACAGAUUUCAAUACGAAGAAAGAACAAGCCACUGUUGUGGAGUGCAAAGGCCAUGAUGCUGCUCGGUUCCACAGCAUUGAUCAUGCUCAUGGUUGGGACAAGGAUAUCACCGGUAUGAUUGAACCAAAGGAUGGGAAGAAAAGAAUCUCAGUUUCAUUCGAGUGUGAGACACUGAAAGCUGGGAAAGCAGCUGAAGACCACAUCAGGAAGUUCAUGCCAAAAUUAGCCGGGCUGGAUGCUGUUGUUAACAUAGGGAAGAUGACAAUUUCUGGGUUGGAUUUUGGAGCGGAGGACAGAGACGAGACUGAGUAGAAAUUUUAAUAUUUUGUAACUAGUUAAUGUCCAUUAAGCUACUGAAAGGAAGAGUGAAAUGCAUGUUUUGAGCAAAUCCUGCAGAAAAUUGUUUUGUAGAAAGAUCAAAAUCUGUCGUUUGCCCAAAAAUUCAUCCUUAAUAGAGACCACCUGUGCUCUAUUCCCUGGCUGUAUGUGUCUUUCCUUUAAAUUGAAUGAUUUGAGUACAAUGGAAUAUGUUCAUUUGAAUAGAUAAAAGAUAGUUACAGAAAA